AUGGCCCUGUACAGUGACAGUUAUUGCAAGAGUGACAAACAGACUUUGAAUCCUGGCUCAGCCCUUUACCAGCAGGUCGCCUGCUUUCUUGGCCUUGCAGAGUGGGCUCUGUCCUUGGGGUUUGUGAAUGAGGAACCACAGGGGCUGCAGGGGCUGCCGGGGCGGCUGUGCACCCCCGUGUCCUGCAGGUACCAGUUCCACAGGACCCCAGUGCACAGGACUGAGGGCCAGCGCCAUGGGGCCCACGCCUACUUCCAGGAUAUCAACGUCAUCUUCCUUGGGGCCAUGCACCCCAGCGACCUGAGGGAGUACCUGGAGGGCCCCCCGAUGGUGGUGGAAGUUCAUGACCGGGACCGCAAGUCAGAGGGGUGUUCCUGCAAGCCCGCCCUGUUUGGGGAGGACCCGCUGGAUCCGUACCUCAACCUCCAGACCCUAAUUUCCCCGAAAGAGACGGAGAACAACCCCUUUGAAACCCAGGAUAAGAUGUGGGACCCUUACGGGGUUGCCCAGGUCAGCUUUGCCGACCUCCUCCUUGGCCACAAGUACUUGACCCUGGUCGUCCCCGUCCACAGCUGCGAGCCCAAGGCCAUGCGCCUCGGCCAUGACAGCAGGAGCAGGAAGGUGGUGGGGUCGCGGGUGCCCGGAGACGGCCUGCAGCGCGGCCCGAUGCCCCCGGGCAACUACCUGGAGGCCAGCUGCCUGCUGAAGCUGCGGGUGGGCGUGGCGGUGCCGCUGCGGGCCGGGACCGAGGCCCUGGACGCCAACCCCACGGCCUCCCGGUUUGGCCGCGUCAUCUUCGUGUUCACCUCCAGUAAGCUCUCGCUCCUGCACGGCCUCCUGCAGGACGUCACCGUGAUCAACGCCGGGGCCCUGGGCCUGGACUCCUGCCCCGUGGAGGACAUGCAGCAGAUCCUGUCCACCUUGAAGAUGCCGGCGAAGAUCCGGGAGCGGCUGGACCUGGACGUGCUCACCGGCUUCCACCUGCUGGACGGGCGGGGCCACCUCCUCAUCCUGGAGGGCUUGGCCGACCGGGGCCUGAGGCGGCUGUGGGAGAGCCACCAGAGCCGGGUCCCGCGGGUAGAGCCCGGCUCCUACAAGGCUCUCUACAACUCGCAGCUGCGCUUCCGCCGCCGCCUCUACGCCGACCUGGAGACCGUCCCGUACCAAGUGCGCCUGUCCCGGCCGCUGGCGCAGCUGGUGAAGCACGCGGCGCUCUACGUGCGCAACACGGUUCCGCGGCAGGGCUUUCAGGCGCUGAGCAGGGUCUACUGCAUCUGCCGUUACAGCUCCAGGCUCAGGGAGGUGAUCACCGGGGACCUGCUGCCCUCCUCCUCCAUGAUCAAGGAGCUGAGCCAGGAGUUUGGGUUGCCCAUUUCCCAGGAAGAUCUUACAGAGGGAAAACUGCUGGCUGCGUCCCCUCCUCCUGCCCCCACUCUGGAGGACUUGCAGAGCCGGAAUUCCGCCCUCACUUCUGAGAUCCAGGCCCACCGGGAGACGUACCUGCAGUGGCGGAAUGCCACGAUCCUGAAGAACAGCCUGAUCCAG